CCGCGUCUCUGCCCCGGCCGGCGAUAGUUUCGUUCCGCCUCACUGGAUGGCGCUGCGAUCGGCGGCCGCGGGCGCCGCUGCGGGGAGACGGGCGCGCGGCGGGCCCGGCGGACGGCGCCGGCUCGCGGCGGCGCAGUACCGCUCCGGUCGUGACGGGUGAGGUCCGCACGCGCGCCGCCGCUGUCCGAUUCCUCCGCCGUGCGCCGCGCCAGCCAGUCGUCCUCCCGCUCCGCCAUGGGUCGCAAGGACAGCAUUCCCGACGACGCCCCGGCGCCGCGGCUCUGCGAGCUCGUCAAGUGGGCGCACUUCCAGGGGUACGGCUUCAACCUGCACUCGGAGAAGGGCAGGGAGGGUCAGUUUAUCGGCAAGAUCGACCCGCAGUCCCCUGCUGAGGCGUGCGGCCUGCAGGAGGGAGAUCAGAUUAUCGAGGUGAACGGUGUGAACACGAGCAAUGAGAACCACAAGCAGGUGGUGAGCCGCAUCAAGACGCACUCGGACCAUGCCAGCCUGCUGGUGGUCGACGCGAAGGCGGCCGAGUACUACAAGAAGCGGAACAUCGUGGUGAAUGGCUCCAUGCCCAACGUGAAACACAUGAAGAGCGCCCCGGUGACGGCGGCUGGGGAUAAGGAAUCUGAGAACAAGAGUGAAACUACCGCUGAAGAUAGUGCAAAACAGACGGCGUCACAGGCGGAAGGUAGCGACGAGCCCCCGCCGCCCGUGCCGCCCAAAACAGACCUGGCCUCUGAGGAACAGAGUCCCGCUGCCACCCCCGCCGAGGCGACGACCGAGUCUGAGGUCAAAUCAGAGACAGAGGCGAAAUCCGUGGAAGAGAAGCCAGCAGAAGAGAAGUCAUCAGACGAGAAACCAGCAGAAAAAGAGGAUGAAGAAAAGACGGCGGAGAGCAAACCCGAAGAAGACAAAGUCACCGAAAAGAAACCUGAAGAAGAAGAUGAGCCGGCGGAGAAACCCGCAGAAGAGAAGACACCCGAAGCGUCACCAUCAGAGGGCGCCAACCGGAAAUCUGAGAAGCCGUCUGAGAAACCGGCUGAAAAGGAGGCCGGUGACAGCAAGGUCUCAUCGCCGACCAUUGACACUUCGCUCCAGGUGGAGUCGGGCUCUGAGCGCACCCAGCCGUCGCCGGCCCCGUCCGCCGGCUCCACGAGCACCGUCGAGUCGGCCAAAUCGGCCGAGUCGGGCUCCACGGCCGCCGAAACGGACAAGUUCGGCCUCAAGCUGAACAUGACUGCUGCCGAGAUGCGCGAGUAUCUCAAGAGCAAGAAGCGUCACGACCCGCGCAACGACAACCUCACCUUCAAGCAGCGGCACCAGAUAGUGCAGAAUAUGUAGAGCGAGCGGGUGUGGAGAGAUGGGGAAGGCGGGGCUAGGCUCCCCUGGUCAGUGUUUGGUGAGAUAGAGUUGUGGAUGUAACUGAAGGACGAAACGCGAGCUGCGAUCCCAAGAAAGCGUCCGUUCAUGGAGUUUGUUGGAACGGUUGGCGGCGAAGGAGAGUAACCUCCAAACCGAGUGCAGACCAGCGAUCCAGCUAGCUCAGAUCAACACCAGAGUCCAACAAGCGCAUCAUGCCGUUGUCUCUGUACGAUCGGGACUGGAGAUAUCCUGUCUCCGGCACGGUGUGGGCGAGCCGCCGGUCAGUCAGCUGUGCAGCUUAGGUGGAGAGACGGCGGAUAUCACAUUGACGUUCAAUGUUAGGCGUAGCGAUGCCAGCGUGCGUUGGCAGUCCGUGUUGUGGUCAUGUAUUCAUUACGGACCAAAUGUCCACUUAGAUUUGUCUAUCGGAGCACUUCAUUGUAAUUGUGGUUGUUACUACCAGGAUACCAAGAUUGUAUCGUUGCUACAAAAUUAAAGACAGUUCUGCGAUCAGGCUAGACUAAUAGUGCUAAUCAAUAACUUUACAGUUAAACGUGCCGCAGUUUUUUAUCUGCUGUUAGUGUGUCCCUAAUUUGCUCAUUUUCCAAUGAAGCAUUCCAGUGACAUUUUCCGUACUAAUCACUAACAUUCAAGUGCCAAAUGCUUCCUUUGUAAAUAAAUUGUACACCAUAACGUGGUCUCUCCUCGUACGCAAGAACGCGUGCGCAACUGCGGUACGCUUACACAACAGCGUGAUUUUUCACUGCGGAUGGUAGGGCCCCCGAACGACAUUCCCAGUAUGACGUUCCACCUCUGACCUGCUGGUCAUCGUUCUGUCGCUUCGUGCCGUCCCGUCUGCUCUCUCGCUGGUUUGGGGCCAUGAUAAAUAAACGGACCAAUGUGCGCGUAACGUCCCAAGCCCCGGGCUUCGAUUGGAAAAUGAUCACCGUGAUUAGGCAGUGUGCGUCGGCUAGUGUUCUGAAUGUAUGCGAGCGAGGGUGCUGAUGUUGUUAACGUUUGCAGUGUCAGUGUGUUCGAUGUCCGUCCGCUCUACAAGCGCUGUGGUUGGGUGUUUGUUGCACUGCUGGCUAGCUUUGCGUUAGGGGAGAACUCGACGUCCGAUUUUGAACCAGCCUGUCGCCGCCAGUGAGCUUGUCUGUCAGCUGUGUCGCGCCGCGUCACGUCACGUACUGCUGUCGCCCGUUGCGUCACAUAACGUGACACAAGGUGACCCGAUGUGACGGCUCGUGACGUGCGCUGAUGUGCCCUAACGUCACAUGACAUGACCGUCUGUCAAGUCACACUUUCCGUUCCACAGCCACCGCAGUCACCGUGCGUUUCUGCGUGUGUACGCGCACAAUGUUUCCGCGUGCGUCUGUGCGUCCGCCGUCGUGCGCACAUUCUGUAGCGUUUGUGUACACGUGUGUGUGUGUGUCUGUGUGUACAUAGCGGACGGUCGGGGCCCGUUACGCCGCUCCGGCUCGAAUAGUUACAUAUCAGCAACAGUGCCCAACCAGCGCUCGGUCGUGGCCCGUCUGAGGCUUUCGGGCCUCCCAGCACCGCCUGACUGAAGCGUCCAAGCCUUAACUGUACCCGGCUGUUUGUACCUUGGCUAGCUUCGUACCCGAACAACCCCGACCAAUUAGCUCGGUGUGAACCCCUGGCAAGUAGCACGGUUCUCCCCGAUAGCACGGUUCUCCCCGAUGCAAUGACCGUCCUCCGCUGUGUCGCGCAAACAAUAUCAGGCAAUGCCGCCCAGCUCACCGUGGUAUGCAUGCGUAUUUCAACAUUUAUCUUAUUCCCCUAUGCUGAGAGUUGUACCCCAAUUCGUCUUUAUGAAGCUAAACUAGCUAUUCUAAACCUGGUGCAUAACACUUUGUAAAACUACUAGCUCCAAAAGAAUUCCGAGAACUCGUUGAAAUUAGCUUGAUCCUACGAUCAUGUAGGAUUGAUAAUUUAGCUUCAUGAAGCCGGACUGUAGAUUCUCGGUCGCUACUUCGUUUCCAAACUCUAAGUAGCUCCAGUGCGGCAUAUUUGUGAACCACCGGGGUGAGUGGCCCCGCCCGUUUCGUUUGUAAACGUGUGUUCUGUUUGUAUGUGUGUGUGCGCGCGCGGAACGGUGCUUGACAGGGCAGUGUAGCAGGAACUGACCCCUGCAUCGCCCCGCACUUGGUGUGAUUACUGUAUGUGGACGUCCGUGACUGUCUUUAAGCAUACGAUUGUAUUAAUCAGUUUGUAAAUACAUUUAUUUUUGCCGAUCCAA